GAGAGUCGGCAGGGCUGCUGCACAUUCAAAAUAGAGUCAGAGGGAGGGGAGAGAGAGAGGAGAGAGAGAGAGAGAGAGAGAGAGAGUCAGGGACAGGCAGUGCUGUAAAGGAGAGCACAAAGAGAAGGAAAGUGGAGCAGGGGAGGGGAACAGGAGGCUGGGUGAAGGGAGAGGGAAAGACAAAAGAAGGAGAGGGGAGACGUAGCAGGGUGAACGGAGGGGACUGAGCAAAUGGCCACGGAGGAGAGCGGGGGAGCCAGGAAAGCCACCAAGAGCAAACUGUUUGAGUUCCUGGUCCAUGGAGUGCGUCCUGGCAUGCCGUCUGGAGCGAGGAUGCCCCACCAGGGAGCUCCCAUGGGCCCCCCCGGACCACCGUACGGAGGGAGCCCGGCGGUGCGGCCUGGUUUACCCUCCACGGUGAUGGAGCCCAGCCGGAAGAGGCCCGCCCCCUCCCAACAGGUCCAGCAGCAGCAGCAGCAACAGCAGCAGCAGCAGCAGGCCGUAGGAGGCCGGGCUAGAAAUGCUAAGAGAAGGAAAAUGGCAGACAAGAUUCUUCCGCAAAGGAUCCGUGAGCUGGUCCCAGAGUCUCAGGCCUACAUGGAUCUGCUGGCGUUUGAGCGCAAACUGGACCAGACCAUCAUGCGCAAACGUGUGGACAUCCAGGAAGCACUGAAGAGACCAAUGAAGCAGAAGCGUAAACUGAGGCUUUACAUAUCCAACACCUUCAACCCUGCCAGACCCGACGCUGAUGACUCAGACGGCAGUAUUGCAUCGUGGGAACUGCGGGUAGAGGGGAAGUUGCUAGAUGAUCCGGGGAAGCAGAAGAAGAAGUUCUCUUCGUUCUUUAAGAGUCUGGUGAUUGAGCUGGACAAAGACCUGUACGGUCCUGACAACCACCUGGUUGAGUGGCACCGCACGCCGACCACCCAGGAGACGGACGGCUUCCAGGUGAAGAGGCCGGGCGACGUGAGCGUACGCUGCACUCUGCUGCUGAUGCUGGACUACCAGCCUCCCCAGUUUAAGCUGGACCCUCGCUUGGCUCGCCUGCUUGGCAUUCACACUCAGACUCGCUCCUGCAUCAUCCAGGCCCUCUGGCAGUACGUCAAGACCAACAAGCUGCAGGACUCCCAUGACAAGGAGUACAUCAACUGUGACAAGUACUUCCAGCAGAUCUUUGAUUGCCCUCGGCUGAAGUUCUCUGAGAUCCCUCAGCGCCUCACCAACCUCCUCUUACCCCCCGACCCCAUCGUCAUCAACCACGUCAUCAGCGUGGAUCCCAACGACCAGAAGAAGACGGCCUGCUACGACAUCGACGUGGAGGUGGAGGAUCCCCUGAAGGGCCAGAUGAGCAGCUUCCUCCUCUCCACGGCCAACCAGCAGGAGAUCGCCUCACUGGACAACAAGAUCCAUGAGACCAUCGAGUCCAUCAACCAGCUGAAGAUCCAGAGGGACUUCAUGCUCAGUUUCUCCAGAGAUCCCAAGGGCUACAUCCAGGACUGGCUCAAAUCCCAGAGCCGAGAUCUUAAGUUAAUGACAGACGUGGUGGGGAACCCUGAAGAGGAGAGGAGGGCGGCGUUUUACCACGAGCCCUGGUCCCAGGAGGCCGUCAGCCGCUAUUUCUACUGCAAGAUCCAGCAGAGGAGACAGGAGCUGGAACAGGCCUUAGCUGUCCGCAACACCUAAAAACCGAGGCCCUCCUGAAUCUCUGCAGCUGAUUUCAGAGCUGCGUGAGUGUUUGGAUGUAUGUGAGGCCAUCGCUGUAGUCUGGAGAAGCCUUUAGUCUGUUGGUAACUUCAAAAAGAAAAACCUUUUUGUCUUUGGUAAAUUCAAAGUGAUACUAGAAGAAGGCUUUCUCACGACUGCAGCGAUGUUUACGUAUGGAAAGCCCAGAUCUCGAUGCACUUGUGCGUCCACUGCAUCAUUUGUUUUUGUGCAGAACUGUGAGGACGUCAUCAUUAACCGCAUGUGUUCAGCUGCACCCUCCGAGGUCAAGACCCUCGGACCACAAGCAUCCUCAGACACCCCCCCUGAUUAACAAAAACCUCCUCUUCAUCGUCUACUCUCUGCUUUUUUGUAAAUACGUCACAAACACGUCAAGACAAACUCUGUGUUUUUGGAGUCUCAUCUCGCAAAGAGUUUUGCUUUUGUGUCCGACAGAAACUUCUGGAUGAGUCCUCAUAUUUCAUGUUUUCCAUCUCUGAAACUGAUUUAUUGUUUGAUUGUAAGUGUGAUUGUGUGUUUAUUUUGUUUGCUCUCAUUAGGAGAAUGUUUUUUUGAAAGAUUGAUUAAUGACACCAGCAAAAACGAGAUUACGGUGUGACACAGGAAUCCUCUCUCUCUACAACCCUGAGGUGUGGAUUUCAUUCAUUUUCAGGUUUGAGUGAAUCAGCUCAAACCUCCCAUGUGUCUCAUUUUUGUGUUAUUCACCAGUAAACAGUGUUAGACAAGUUAACUGAAGUAUUACUACAUUAUUAUCACAACAACAAUAGUGUUUUAAUGAAGGAGAAACAAGUAAUGAUCAUCAUAAUAAUAGCUUUUUUUCUUCCCUUAAUCAUAGCAAAAUGACAAAUAUGCCUAGAUACAUACGUUGGGACUUGCGGACUGAUUUGUUUUUGUCAGAGUCGCUCACUGCCUCUUCCUUGUGUAGUGUUUUUUUGCGUGUUUAUGUCCUGAAGGUGUUACCAAAGGUUGCAACAAAAAGAAGAGAACAUGAUCACUGAAAUAGAAGUGGGCUAAAAAAAAGAAAUCCACACCUGGGGUUUGGCGCAAAUUGCAAGACAUUUCCUUGUAAGGUGGUCAUAAAAAAUCUGAACAAUCUGGGUAGUUUCAGAGGAUUAAGUCCCAAAUGUUUGGCUUUUGUAGCCAAUUAGGCCUCAGGUUUUUAUAAACAAACCCUAAAACUGUUAUUGCAAUGAGCACUAAACCCCGGGUCUGGAGGAAGUUGUCCAUUUCUACACUUUUUUUAUGUUACAUGAAGAAGAAAACUGUUUUUUUUAAAAGAUGUGAAUGUACAUAUGUUUUUCCCUUUAAGAGGGCCGACUGUACAGUAUAUGACAGACUAUUUGUGUGUUUGUUUUGGGGGGGAUUUGGGGAGGGGGGGUGAGUUACUGGCGCAUUAUGGGAGCUCCAUGAGUUUUGAAUUAGAAAGGCAGGAAUGUUAGCGUUCCUCUGUGUACGAUCUUGGGUUGGGGGUGAUUUAUUUUCGGUCUAAAGCGUUACUAUCGUGGGAGCUAGAAGCAACAAAGAACGACCUCCCCUUGCUUUUUCAAUCUCAGUAGCUGUAACACGAUAUAAUCUGCACCGAUCUCCUUUUACACUUCUUAUUUUAUUUUAAUGACACUUGACCUGUAUGUAUAUGUUGUAUUGUCAGAUGAAGGAUUUUUCUUUUGGUCUUCUCAGCGUUCAGUUUUUUAAGCUGGAACCUUUUCUGGGUUUCUUUGCACUGUGCUGUAAAUCCUUUUUAGUCGGGACUCUCUCCUCUCUUCAUGGGUGAGACCCCUCCUUUAUUAUCCCAGCAUACACAAAAAGUGAUCGGAUGAUUUCACGAUGACCUAUGCAUGCUCCAUGGACAUUAAUCAAUACAUCUGAUGAGAUAGUGUGUGUAAAUAUAAAAAAAAAAAUAAAAAAAAAAGCUGGCAUAGCAGUCUGUGACUUUUGUUAAAAAUGCCUUCUGGAAACUUUUUUGCCAAAAAUGAUAUGCCCUACCAGCAACUAUCUGUAGGUGUGAUUUUUUUUUUGAUUUUUUUUUCUUGAGCUGUGUUUUUUUGUUACUAGGACUAAGUUAUAUAAACUGCACUCAUUAGAGGAGAAAGCGUAGUCAUUGGUAGUCUCUUAGUCUGGGUUUGUCUUUGUAUGGCCGAGGGCAUUCACGUUGUUGUCAUACAGUCACUGAUUCACUUGCACCCUCUUGUGGAGGAAACUCGAAGCUGCAGCUCCCUGGGUGACCUCAGCUUUUGAGCACCACCACCUGAAUAUCUGACAAAAUGUUAACACGACUACUGUGUCUCCUGUUACUAAACCCUGACAUACUGUCCACAUGUUUUUCGUCCCACCUCCCUGCAUGUGUUUGUGAAGAGUGUGAACCGCUCUUUCUCUCUGUUUACACUGUUGUCCGAGCGUCACUGACAGGGAGAUCAUAGUAUACUUACACACUGUAUAUCUGUCAACAGCAGACUUGUUUGGUGAUUCUACUAAAAAAAAAAAAAAAAAAAAAAAAGAAAAAAGGGAAAACAGCUGUGACAUUGAAAGACAGUCUGGAUGUAAAUAAAGAAGCGCUUGCCAAAGUUUGUAAAUGCCAUGAUAUCUAAAGUGUCUUUCUUUCAUCUUUAUGACCACGACUCAUUGAUGUUUGUGCACGUGAUAAUAACUCUACUGGAUCACAGACUUCCUCUGAAAGGAAAUUAUUAAAUGUCUUGUGGUGCUUUGCUGCAAAA